UACUCAGUAAUCAGUGGACAGUAAUCAGUAUCUCACAAAAACUAUUAUAAUAGCAAAUUCUUAUUUCUUAAUGCAAGUGCAAGUUAAAUAUUAAAUCUUUCAAGUUUUAAAUUUUUAAUAAAAAAAAAAGAUAAAUUUAGUUCUUUACUCACAUAAUUUGAUGUAUGUUUUAAAAUGUGAAAAUUAAAUUAAACAUCUUAUAGUAAUGACUAUCUACAACAUCUAUAUUUUUGACCGGAUGGGUACAAUAUUAUAUCAGACAAACUGGAAUCGUCUUAAACAAUCGGGCAUGAGUAGUGAAGAAGAAGCCAAAUUGAUGUAUGGUAUGUUAUUUUCUAUCAAGUCAUUUGUUUCUAAAAUAUCACCACUUGACCCGAAACGUGGUUUUUUGUGUUACAAGACUAGCAAAUAUGCAUUACAUUAUUACGAGUCUUUAACUGGCGUUAAAUUUAUUUUAAAUACCGAUAUCACGAUAAAAAAUGUCAGAGAUUUGUUACACCAAUUAUAUAAAGAAAUUUACGUGGAAUAUGUUGUAAAAAACACUGAAUGUGAAAUGGGACAACCUAUUGAAAGUGAAUUAUUCAAAUUGAAACUUGAUCAAUUUAUAAAACAGCAUAUGAAAACUUUACAAUAAAUAAUAAUAUAAUAUAAUACAAUUAUAAAAUUAUGUAAGUUAUGUAAUAACAUAAAUAUAUUUGAAACUUUGAAAGUAAUAAAUUAUUUUAUCUAUUGAAUUAUCA